AUGUCGAGUGAAACAGAGGAGGCGGUGCGACGCCGUACAGCGAUAGCCGAGUACCGUAAGAAGCUACUGAACCAUAAAGAGCUCGAAUCCCGAGUCCGUACAGUGAAGGAGAAUUUACGGGCUGCCAAGAAGGAAUUUGCUAAAACUGAGGAUGAUUUGAAGUCCCUUCAGAGUGUUGGACAGAUCAUUGGCGAAGUUCUCAGGCCUCUUGACAAUGAACGCUUUAAAGCAAGCAGUGGUCCUAGAUAUGUGGUUGGUUGUCGUAGUAAAGUGGACAAAGAAAAACUAACAGCUGGAACCCGAGUCGUUCUUGAUAUGACUACUCUCACAAUCAUGCGAGCUCUUCCUCGUGAGGUUGAUCCAGUUGUAUAUAACAUGCUUCAUGAGGAUCCUGGUAAUGUUAGCUACUCUGCUGUGGGAGGGCUCUCAGAUCAGAUUCGAGAACUUAGAGAAUCUAUAGAACUGCCUCUCAUGAAUCCAGAGCUCUUUUUGAGGGUGGGAAUCAAGCCUCCCAAGGGUGUCCUUCUUUAUGGACCUCCUGGAACAGGAAAGACAUUAUUAGCCAGAGCCAUAGCAAGCAACAUAGAUGCCAACUUUUUGAAGGUUGUGUCGAGUGCCAUUAUUGAUAAAUAUAUUGGUGAAAGUGCAAGAUUGAUUAGAGAGAUGUUUGGGUAUGCACGUGAUCAUCAACCAUGUAUUAUAUUUAUGGAUGAGAUUGAUGCCAUUGGCGGACGUCGUUUCAGUGAGGGAACAAGUGCUGACCGUGAAAUCCAAAGAACACUCAUGGAGUUGCUUAAUCAGCUUGAUGGAUUUGACCAGCUUGGAAAGGUUAAAAUGAUUAUGGCAACAAACAGACCUGAUGUUCUGGACCCUGCACUUCUCCGACCAGGCCGUCUAGACAGGAAGAUUGAAAUUCCAUUGCCAAAUGAGCAAUCAAGAAUGGAAAUCCUCAAAAUCCAUGCUGCUGGAAUUGCCAAACAUGGUGAUAUUGACUAUGAAGCAGUGGUGAAGCUUGCUGAGGGUUUUAAUGGUGCUGAUCUUAGAAAUGUUUGCACUGAAGCUGGGAUGUCUGCAAUUCGUGCAGAACGUGAUUAUGUCAUCCAUGAGGAUUUCAUGAAGGCUGUCCGGAAACUAAAUGAGGCCAAGAAGCUUGAAUCUAGUGCUCACUACAACGCUGACUUUGGAAAGGAUUGA